GAUGCGAUCGGUUGGCGAUCUGAAGCCAAACGUCUGCUGCUCCUGAUGACCGACCAGCCCUCUCACCUCGCCCUGGACAGCCGGCUGGCAGGGAUUGUCGUGCCGCAUGAUGGUCUUUGUCACUUGGAAAACAAUGUUUACACAGGAAGCACAAAGAUGGAUCAUCCCAGUUUGGGACAAUUGUCUGAAAAGCUGCUUGAAAACCGUAUCUACUCUGUCUUCGCUGUGGAGAAGCAGCGGUACCAGUGGUAUGAGGAGCUGGUGCGCCUACUUCCUGGUUCCUACUUGGGAAAGUUAAGCGUCUUUCAAGCUCCAAACCUGAUCGAUCUGGUGGUGGAUGCAUAUAAGAGGCUGCUGUCAGAGGUGCUGGUGUCUGUGUCGGUGGAGGACGAGGCAGUCAGCAGAUACUGGGUCUCUGUGUCUCCUCUCUGUCCCGAUGGAUCCACGGCCAAAGGCCGGAGCUGCACAGGAGUGCAGCCAAACCAGACGGUCUACUUUAACAUCACCAUCGGUCAACACUCCUGUGCCGAUGACGGCAGAGACGAGGAUGUGAGGGUGAUCGUUCGCCCCGUGGGUUACAACGAGUCAACGGUAGUUAGGAUCCACUCCAAAUGUCACUGCAGUUGUGGAGCGACGGGGCAUUGUCACGAAGACGAACAGUUACCCUGCCAGGGGAUUCAAGAUGGUGCGACUCUGCAGCAGGACUUAAAGGCAGAUCCAAGCAGGAGCUGCAGAGCGACGGGUGCAGAUGUGGACUGCAGUGGGCGGGGAAUUUGUGUGUGUGGGAGGUGCGUGUGUGACCAAGCAAGACUUGGGACUGUACAAGGGAAAUAUUGUGAAAUAGACGACUUCUCCUGUCCGUACAAAGGGGAACUCAUUUGUGCAGGUCGAGGUGUGUGUGUGUUGGGACAGUGUGUGUGCGAGGAUGGGUGGACCGGUGAGGACUGUGGCUGUCCCCUCUCCACAACUACCUGCUAUUCAAACGGUUUGCUCUGUAACGGGCAGGGCAAGUGUGUAUGUGGGAAGUGUGUGUGUGACAAACACCAGCGACAUGGAGACUUAUGUGAGAAAUGUCCUACCUGUCCGAGCACAUGGCAGUCUUACUGUGAAAGUGGGACUUGCUUACAGGCUUUUGGACUUUCACAAAGAGAAGUGUCAAUGGUCAGCUCCACGGAUAAUGCAUCAGCACCCAACGGGACACUCUUCCUGCUCACACCCACUCCUCCCCUGGUGCAGCAGGAGCCAGGUCCCCAUG